AUGCUUUUAUUAUUGCUAGCAUCGUUGACAUAUGCUCAACACAUAAUUUUUUAAGAUGAUUUUAACGCUGGUUAAAUUAAUGCAGAAUUAUGGGAAAAAUAUGAUGUUGCAAAAAUAGUUCCUUGUCCUGGCACAACAAAUGACUAUUGUGUGAAUAUAUUCAAGUAGUCUUUUGGUAGUGGAUUAAAAUCAAAGCCUUUUGGGAUUGAAAUGGAAUAAGAUGUUACAAUAGAAUUUAAAUAUCUAACAAAAUCCACUCCUAAUAGAGGAGUGCAUUCUGGAUUAUUUGUUGGUUAUACUGAUAACACUGAGGACAAGAAAAGCGGAUAUUGCUGGUUUGCCUCAGGUUAUUCGUACUACAGUGACUUUUUUAAUUAAACUUCCUAAAAGACAGAUGCAGCUUACUUAUGUUCUAAAGAUGAAUCUGUCUUGAUAUAAGACCUUCUAAAUGACUGGAAAACAAUUAAAUAUACAAUUCCUUCAGCUACUUUAAAAAAUAAGAACUAAUCAUUAUUGUCUUUGGUAUUUUAAGAUUUCGUGAAUGAAAACUCAGAAGGAGCAUAUUAUAUUACUAAAAUACUUGUUUAUUACAAUAAGAAUUGCACAGCCAAGUGCGAGAAAUGCACAACCUUUUACGAUUGCACAAGUUGUUAAGACCCUUACAGAUGGCUUGAAGGCAAAUGCUAUAAGGGGGAAUGUGGAACCAGUUUAGAACAAUCGAUACCAUAUUAAAAAGAUACUUUAUUGGAAAGUUCAACUUCGACUACUUAUUCAGCUACAAUUAAAAUACCAGGUUAUGAUUUUCAAGCUUGUUGGCCUGCUUAAUGGGUAACACUAGGUUAUGAAGACGGCAAGUUUACAGAAUUAAAAUUCUCCUAUGAAACAGCCUCCACAGCUAAAUUAAUCUUAGAUUAGUAGAGUAUGACAAAUGCUAACUGUAAAUAACAUGAGAAUUCUAAUAUCUUUACAUGCUCCUUCCAUUUCAAUGUGCAUUUUAAUGAGCAAAUUAUGUAUGAAAGAAACUGGACUGCUACAAUCGAUUAUUCAAAAUCAAGCAUCACCAGUUUAUAGGUACCACCUAAAACUCUUAAUCCGCCAGCAUUGGUCAUUACUAUCGAAUAUAAACUUGAUUACUGCGAAAAUGUAAACGAUUGCUAAUGGACAACAGACAAAAUAACUUUAGUUCUUAAUUAAAGAUUAAAAAUAUUAAGAAAUGGAAAAAUGGAAUAAGGCUAUGUAAAAUUAUGGGAAACAGGAACCCUAGUUAAUUUACCAAUUUUGGAGACUGUUAUAGGGGAGGGUGAAAUAAUAUACACUGUUAGAUUGGCUAUCAAAGGAGAAAAGGGUAAUGGACUUGCUGUUACAGCCAAAAUCAUAAAUCCAAAUUCAGCAGGUAGUGGAAGGAGAAGAGUUCUUGAGGAGAAUACAAAUUCUCAAUUGGCAGUGGGCAACUUAAAUGGUAAUUUGAUCACAUACAAAUCCAGAUAACUUGUUAUAGAAAAUGAUCCUGAGUUUUCUUAAUUAAUAUUGAUGCCAUUAUUACUUAUUGCAAUUCUGGGAUUUUGA